GAUGUGUACUGAAGGUGAGGAGGUGACAGAGAGUGAGAGGUGUCGGGGGCUGUGUUUGUUGACAGUAUGGACUCCGAAUCCCUCCUACACGAGACCAUUGUGGAAUAUAUGAACUCCUCUGCGAGAGACAGCCACAAUGACAUUGACAGUCCGAAGAAAUUGGUCUUGGAAAAGAACACUUUAAACCAGACAAAGCUGAGUAACGGCCCCCCAGGUUUGAUCGCCCCCCGCCAACGCAGACCGUCCAGCAGCUACGAGAAGCAGAAAGAACAGUGUGUGAAAUACUUUGACCAGUGGACGGAGACAGACCAGGUGGAGUUUGUGGAGAACCUGAUCUCUCGCAUGUGCCACUAUCAGCACGGACACAUCAACUCCUACCUGAAGCCCAUGCUGCAGAGGGACUUCAUCACAGCCCUGCCCGCCCGGGGUCUGGACCACAUCGCCGAGAACAUCCUGUGGUUCCUGGACGCCCGCUCGCUCUGCGCGGCUGAGCUGGUGUGUAAGGAAUGGUACCGAGUCAUCUCGGACGGAAUGCUCUGGAAAAAGCUGAUGGAGCGGAUGGUGCGGACCGACUCACUGUGGAAAGGGCUGUCGGAGCGACGGGGCUGGAUACAAUAUCUAUUCAAAAACAAACCGUUGGAUGGAAUCCUUCCUCCAGACUCGUUUUACAGGUCGUUGUACCCCCAGAUUAUACAGGACAUUGAGGUGAGGUGUGUGUGA